CUCAUUCUGUAGCAAAGCUUCCCCUGCAAACCUCUUCAAACCAAACCUUUAAAGGGGUUCAACCCCUCCCAUUCUGCUCAACUCAAAUCUCUCUCUCUCACUCUCUCUCUCUCUCUCUCUCUCUCUCUCUCUCUCUCUCUCUCUCUCUCCUGUUUCUAUCAAGGCAUUAACCAUGUUUGAGUUCACAUUUGAGCUGAUGAUCCUGGCUGCUUCCAAUUCACUCUUUAUGUUCUGUUUCUGCAAUUUGAUAAUAGUCAGUCUCCUCGUUGGCUCAAAACUUGCUCCACUCUUUGAGCAAGACGCAGCUGUUCCUCAUUCCUCAAUGCUGGGCAUGGGACACAAGAACAAAGAAGCGGCUACUCCAGAAGAUGAUUUCAUCCAUGUGAACAGUGAUGUGAAAAAUGUCUUGACAGAUGCUGCUGGAGGUUCAGAUUACACUGAAACGCAGAUUGAUGAUUAUGGUUACGGUGAGGGUGAUCAUGAUGAUGUUGGGGAUGGUAAUGAUGAUGAGGAUGAUGAUGAAAAUAAUGCUGGAGGUUCAGAUUACACAGAAAUGCAGAUUGAUGAUAAUGGUUACGGUGAGGGUGACCACGAUGAUGUUGGGGAUGGUAAUGAUGAUGAGGAUGAUGAUGAAAAUAACGGGGAAGAAGAAGAUGAGCUGAGGAGAAGAGUGGAAGAAUUCAUUGCAAAGGUGAAUAGAGCAUGGAAGGCAGAAAUGUUGGCAUCGCAUUUAAUCCAAAGACAGAAUUUUCAACUGGGAACUGGUAUGCAACCAAUAUGAAUUUUCUAGUGAUAAUGAGGAAGAGUUUUUGUACAUGUAACAAUGAGGGGGCUACUUGUAGAAAAAAAAAAAAAAAAAAAAAAAUUAGUUUAAAAUAAUGAUCUUUGCUAUGACGGUCAGUCUUGAUGGCAAAUAAAAUCAUUUUCUGGACUUUUGUUUGAA